AUGGCCGCACAAAGCAUGGCCCGCAUCCGUCAAGGCGGCUCUGAUGCACUUGACAAGCUACUCCACGACACUGUCUCCCGCAAGACGACACCGGCCGUUUUCUUUUUGGCCACCAACGCAGGAGGUACCAUCUAUGAGAAUCAGGCGGGAGACAAAAUCUUCGGGGAUGAGACCAAAGGGGCUGUCACUGGCGAGACAGUGAUGGAACUCUUCUCCCAGACCAAAUUGAUCACUGCUAUCGCCGCAUACCAGCUGGUCGACCGAGGGGUGAUCAGCCUGGACAGCGAGGAGGAUGUGGCCAAGUACCUGCCGGAGCUGGGCGAUUUGCCAAUCCUGAAGGGUUACGAGGGGGACGGCAAGCCGAUCUUGGAGAAGGCCACCAAGCGGAUCACUCUCAGGAUGCUCUUGUCUCAUCAAGCAGGCUGCUCCUAUGCGAUAUUCCCAUCCGCUCUAUCCGCUUACCAUAAGCUCUACCCCGAGGACACGGAUCUCCUCUCCUCCUCGGCUUCCAUGGCGACCAUCGCCAAGCCACUCCUAUACGAGCCGGGCACCUCCUGGUCUUACGGCUCGGCCUACAUCUUCAUCGGCAAGCUCGUUGAGCGGGCUUCCGGGCUUCGACUCGACCGAUACUUCCAGCAGCACAUCUUUGACCCGCUCGGUGUCAAGUCCUUGACCUUCUACCCCACCGACGAGGUCAAGACGGCCAGUAUGGCCAUCUGUGCACGCAUGCCAGAUCAAUCCGUCGUUGCGCUGCCCCCCGGAGCCGGAGUCGUUCGGCCCACCGAGGUCGCCGACGUACCGACCGACAUGCUGCUCGGUGGAGAAGGCCUCUUUGGAACUCAGCGGGACUUCCUGGUCAUCCUCCGAGCGGUCCUUCAAUCCGACCCAUCCUCACCGCAUCACGCCACCAAUCCCAUCCUCUCGGCUUCCUCCUUUAAGGAGCUCUUCACCGGCUGCGUCACCACCGAGGGCGGGAAGCAGGCGAUCGUCGACAUGUUCGCACCACAAGGCUACUUUGAUCCGGUGAUCAGUACGGCGAACGUGGACUACUCGCCCGGUCUAUUGUCCAACCUGGAGGAUUUCACAGGGAGGCGGAAGGCGGGAAGCGGGUGCGGGUACGGUAUCCUGAACACGCCGUUCUGGAUUGACCCGAGCACGGGUCUCGCGGGAAUCUGUGCCACUCAGCUGCUCUCUAUGGGGCCCGACCCGUGCUGGGACGUUUAUGUUGCGUACGAGAAGGAGCUAUACGCGCAGCUGGAGUAG